AUGGCUCCUAUCGGGGGUGCGAAUAUUCAUUUCCUCACUACCAUGGUGGCUAACAUCCCGCAACUGGAUUUUUCGUCUAACUAUUAUGUGAUUAACUCAUUGAUCACCCAAAUGGAGAUGGGGUGGGAGUGGAGUGAAUUCUCAACCAAGCAUCGCCCGUUGCGGGUCACGAAACCUGAGGGCCACCAAACAUCUACAUACCGCCUUCAAUUGCCAUAUAAGCUUAGCGUUCCUCUGAUGGUCUCCAGCGUCUUAAUGCAUUGGUUGCUUUCGAAUGCGCUCUUCAUGGUGGUUUCACAGGGCACCUACUAUGUUCUUGGCCCAUCCGACUAUAUAGUCGAUCCUGACAGUCUUCCGAGAGAUGCUGCAAUAAAUCUCGGUAGCUCGAGAGCGCACACGCUUGCAUUAUUCCUCGUUGGUAUCUUGAUGAUGAUCUGCCCAACGAUUCUAUCGAGACAGAAGCUGCCAGGGCAGAUGCCAGUCGUUGGGUCCAACUCAAUGGCGAUUGCGGCUGCCUGUCGCGUCUCUCCGCUGGCCCAAGUGCCCACGGAUUCCCAUGAAGAGAACAAUAUGCAAGAGACCGAGCUUUCAGAGCUUACAGGCGAGCAUGUUGAAGCCGCAAAUGGGUCAGACAAUCAAAAAAAAAGAUGA